AAAGAGCAUUUCUCCUGAUGUUUUUUAUAUAUGCAUAUAUAAUUAUAUAUUAAUAAGAGGCAACAUCCGGGCCUCUAAGCCCCGCCCAUUUACAGACAACUGUUAACGUCCACUGCGGCUCUACCCUCUUAUUCUGUUUCUACAUCACCGAUACGCAUCUGCAUCCCGUCUCUCAAGCGCUCGGAGAACAGAGGAUACAGGGAAGAUGAUGAUAAACAUACCGAGAAACUGUGUCAUAUAGAGAGCACCUGACUCCGCUUUGCAACUGAGCCAAGGAUGCUGACCGCGGAGGCAGAGACAGCCUUAUAAUAGGGCUACAGUCUGCAGGACGCAAAAAGCAGCUUGUGACUGCAGACAAAACAACGAGGGACUCUGUGCGGAGCUUACAGGGCAUUAAGAGCACCAACUAAUCCUGUGCAUAGCCCAAAAUAUAAAAGCGAAGAGCAAAAAACGGCCUUUUGCGUGAAGAAGGAGAUGUUCGGACUAAAGAAGACGCAGCAGCAGUAGUAGGAUUGCAAUAAUUCAGCGUUAUUUCAAUUUUUAGAUAUUGGAAAUGGGAGCUUUGACAAGCCGUCAGAAUGCAGGAGUGGAGGAGGUCGAUAUACCAUCCAGUUCUGUUUACAGAUACCCACCCAAAUCCGGGAGUUAUUUUGCUAGCCAUUUCAUUAUGGGAGGAGAGAAGUUUGAUUCAACUCAUCCCGAAGGCUACCUCUUUGGUGAAAAUACUGACCUCAACUUCCUAGGCAACAGACCAGUAGUGUUCCCGUACAAUGCUCCCCCUCCACAUGAGCCGGUCAAGACCCUCCGCAGUCUCAUCAACAUCCGUAAAGACACUCUGCGACUUGUCCGAUGUAGUGAAGACAUGAAGCUUCCUGGACAGGAAGUUGGGAAAAGCCACAGCUGCUAUAAUAUUGAGUUUACCUUUGAUGCCGACACACAAGUUGCCAUCACUAUAUACUACCAAGCCAUUGAAGAGUUCCAUAAUGGUGUGCCAAUAUACUUGCCGCAGGACAGCUCUCUGCAGUCAGAGACGGUGCAUUUCAAACGUGGUGUCUGCCAACAGUUCUGUCUGCCCUCUCAUUACGUCAACUUAUCAGAGUGGGCAGAUGAGGAGCUUUUGUUUGACAUGGAUAAAGACAUCUACCCCAUGGUUGUGCAAGCAGUAGUGGAUGAGGGAGAUGAACACUUGGGACACUCUCACGUUCUUCUUGCAACCUUUGAGAAGCAUAUGGAUGGAAGUUACUGUGUAAAACCUCUGAAACAGAAACAAGUGGUGGAUGGUGUAAGUUACCUGCUGCAGGAGAUCUACGGUAUAGAGAACAAAUACAACAGUCAAGAAUCAAAGGUGGCAGAAGAUGAAAUUAGUGACAACAGCGCUGAAUGUGUGGUGUGUUUGUCAGACGUGCGGGACACACUUAUCCUGCCCUGCAGACACCUGUGCCUGUGCAAUGCCUGCGCAGACACACUGCGUUACCAGGCCAACUGUUGCCCCAUCUGUCGACUGCCAUUUCGUGCCCUCCUUCAAAUUCGAGCGAUGAGGAAAAAACUGAGCCCACUCACACCUACUGGAUUCAACCCUGUUAUCACCUCACAGACGUCAGAUUCAGAGGAGCACUCGGCAUCGGAGCACAUCCCACCAGGCUAUGAAGCUGUGUCCCUGUUGGAGGCCUUGAAUGGGCCCCUGAACCCGUCGCCAUCUGCUCCUCCACAUCAGGGCGUCACCAGGGGCCAUGUUUCAGGAUCUGUGCCCACAUAUGGCAGUGAUAGCCACCACACGCCCACACGCUCCCUCUCUCCACUAGAACACUCUGUCAACUCCAGCCAGAAUGUGAAACACAAGAAGAGUGGCUCUAAAUCCCUCUCCCAGAAUUCUUCAGUGCUGCCUGAGGAGGAGGAUGAGAAGUCAUGCAGUGAGUCUGAAGUGCAAACGUGCAGGAGAAAACUGCAUGUAGAACAGCAAGAGUCUGGAGUAACUCCUGAAAGUGACAACAUCACCCUGUCAUCCUCAGGGGCCAUAGAUCAGUCCUCCUGCAACGGGACCCCUCUGUCCUCCACAAUCACCUCCCCAGAGGAUCCAGUAAGCAGCAGCCUGGCCCAGUCUGUGAUGUCAAUGGCGUCCUCUCAUAGCCAGCACUCUCAGAUUAGCACCGACACACUCUCUUCCAUGUCCGGAUCCUACAUGGCUGGUGCCGAGGGAGAUGACGCCGCUGAGACCCCAGCAGAGAGCCGAGCACCUUCCCAACAUGAGGGUGAGGAAAUCCCCAACGAGGCAAAAGGGCAUAACUUUGUGGCUGCCAUUCUUGAAGAACAGGAUUCAGAGGGAAAUGAUGUGACUGAGGAAGAUUGCGCAUCUCCCACCAAAGAACAUGGUGGGCGCAGGAGGAGCGAGGUGCCUUGUCCAGAGUUUGACAAUAACAAUCAGGGGCAGUCUGACACCCACUGUAUGACAGGCCUGGACAAUGAGCAACCUCCUGACGGCCGAUUCGCUGGUCUGUUAUACCUUGACGUCUAUCGUCAUGGACGGGAUCCUUUGACUCACCAUGCGUCCACCAGCAACAUCAACCUGGAGGAGCAAGGGGUCACCAAUGAGGUGGCAAAUCCCAAGAACAAAUCUCAUCGUGGACCCCUAGCUGUGUGAAAUCCUCAAUCCACCCAGUCACAGACCUACUCCAAUCCUGAGAGGAAUAUCUGCCUCUUUCUUCAUGCCACCUCCACUCAAACUCGUGCCCACACCAAUUACUCAUGGAUCAAAUCCUAAAUGCAAACCAGGGCGAAUUGACUGUGUGGUUUCUCUUCUCCAUUGUGAUAGAUGUCAUGCUUUUAGCGCUCUUUUGGUGUUGACACUUGUGUAAAGCACCAUGUUUACACCAACGCUCCACCCCCUCAUGCAUACAAAUGAAGGGAUGACUCAAGCAAGCUCUCCUGAUGAAAAGCUGGAAAUGAUGAAGACUCCAACCUCUGAUCUAAGCAGCAUUUCAUGUCAAAUUUCAUGUCAAGGCUGUGCGGCUAUGCUUUUUAAAGUUAAUAAUCAAAUCCCGCUGAUAGGAAUCAACAUCCCUUUGGAUUCUCGUCAGUAAAGUCACUGAACGUUUGAAUAUUUCAACUUGUACUACUGAAAAUCUGCCCACAAUACCCAAGAUAGAUGUUUCAAAAGAAUACGAUGGAAAAGACUAAGAUGAAUUUUCAUAAUAAUCAGUCCUUCACAAUAUUAACUUCAGAGCAAUAACGCAUAUUUGCUCACGUUUCUGCCCUUGUCGGUUGCUGCAGCUCACUUUGAGCUCUAUGUACAGCCCUGCAUGUUACAAAGACACAAAGCUACUGAGCUGCCUAAAUUGCGUUACACAUCUGGCCACGGAGACGCGACUGAACUGCUUACUACCAAGCAUUUUCAAACUUUUUGUAUAGGAAAUGGAAAUGUUGGGGAAAACUUGCCCGUGACGUCCACAUCUGUGGUCGUAACUCAGAUUGCUACUGUUGAUGGUAUGUUAAAUGUCAUAAAGCUACUGUCAAGCUUUUUGUGCGUUAUUUAAAAAAUAUGUUAAUUUCACGUCUGAGGUACAAUCUAGCAUAUGCUACAGAUAGUCAAUUUGUACCUUGAAAGCUGAAGUAGCUCUUCAGAAGUGUGUUGUUGGACCGAUAUGGAUUGCUACGCCAGGUACUUUGGUAUCCUUUUAAAAGUAUUUUUUGUUACGUAUUCCUUUUGAAAAGUGUUGCACUUUCCUAUAGGGAUCCUUAACUGAAAGUGUUUACUUAGCUCCAAGCAGUCAUUAUAUAGUGAAAAUGAAGGAAAGACUUUAAAAAGUGUGCCACUAACUUGAAAAACAAUCAACAACUUUCAGUUUCUCGACAGUUCUGCCAAACCUAAUUUAUAGUGUUUAAACUUGCACUUUGUUUUUACCAGUGGUACAUUAGUGGUUAUUUUACUUAAUGAAAAUCUUCUACUGAUCUGUGGGUUCUCUUUCCAGUCCCUAAAAGGGAUAGUUCACCCAAAAAUGAAAAUUCCCAAAAUGACAUUACACCCUUGUUGACUUUGAUUGUGUUCCACAAAAGAAAAAAAAACACCAUGCAGGUUUGAAACGACAUUAAGGUGAGUAAGUGAAAGUAAUUGAGUGUUUUUCGGUGAACUAUCUAUUAUUUUAUUAUUAUUCCCACAAUUCCUUCAUCUGAGCCAGUUUUUUUGUUUUUUGAUUCAUUAGCACUUGUCUGGACUAUCUGAAUGAAAAAAGGAUUCACAGUACAAUCAAAUAGUCUCUUAUAACUCUUAAAAUGUCUAUUGUACUUUGAGAACCAACAAAGCUUUUCCUUUGUGUGGAAAAUGUUAAUUUUUUAUUUUUUUAUGUUAGCUUAGCUCUUGUUAUCGUUGUAAUAGUUUGUUCAAUGUGCUGUUUACUGUAGUAUAUGAAUGGUGUGAAAUUUCUCCAAAUGGGAUUGUAUAAUUUACACAUGCACUAGUAGAUUUUCCCUUGACAGCAGAUAAUGCGGUGCAUGUGGUAAGCGCAUGGUAGUUGCAGUCAGAAAAUAGAAAUCCUCCCCCUUUACAUUUGCACUAUAUGUCUAGCCCUUCCGCACUGAGCUUGCACACUGUGUAAGCAACAGGUAUUGAGUCACAAGCAAUACAGCAGCAUAAUAGCACGUUGUUGUCUGCAGGCAAUACAGAUAAACUUAGCCAUGCACUGAAUGUUUUACAGCAGAAUGUCACAUUUACAUGCAGAGAGAAACAUCUGUGGAGUAACAUGCAUAGAGCAUGGAUAAAUUCAAGGGGUUUUCUCCAGUUUUGUUAUCUGUAUUGCUUUUGUUCUGUCCUCUUUCUGCACCAGGAGGAGUGACUCUAAACUAAACCUACAUGAGGAAUGGGUUGCAUUAAUUCACUUUUGUAGAAUGAAGAUUACAAAAUGUCAAAAACACAAUAAACUUUUUCUUAAAAACAA